UCCUCUCUCCCUGCUAAUGUUGGGCUUUUCUCUCUGUCACUGCAGGCUCAGGAUGGAGAACUGGCAGCCGCUGGGCACUGCAGCCUAGAACCCCCUGCCCCAAUUGCUUCUCCUGUCUCACACCCUCCAUUUGUGCUGGCUUUCAAAGGUCCAUUUCUCCCUCCCUCCUCGUCUGGCAAAAGAAAGCAAAGGAAAAGCGCGCCCACCUCUCAAUGUGAAGCCACGAGAGGAAGAAAGGGCACGAAGGUCUCUCUCCUGAGCAGCGUGAGCCCAGCCGGGGCAGAUCCCAGCACACGCUGAGCCUGGGGGGAUUAUGAGGCAAACAUGAGCCUCCUGCAGCAGUGGGUGUUAGCAGCUUUCAUCUCCCUCGUGCCUCAGUCAGGUCGCGCUAAGGCGGAGACGCAGCCUGGUGCUUUGCAGGGGAGGUUUCCCAGCCCUAGAUGGGACACAAGGCCGGUCGCUUCAGAAAUCACCCACCCCAGCAGGUUAGUGGCGCAGAGCACGGGAGGAGAAGUCCAGAAGCAUCAGCUGGACACCAGGGUCAGGAAUGCGCCUCGAGGAGGAGGCAGCCCCUUUGUGCACCUGGCCCAGGUGAGCUUCCUCAUUCAUGCCUUUGGCUCGGCCUUCACCUUGGACCUGGAGCUCAACCACCACCUGCUCUCCUCUAGCUACGUGGAGCGGCACUAUGGCCAGGAUGGGAACAGCAGCCACAGCACGGGAGCGGGGGAGCACUGUUACUAUCAGGGCAAACUCCGAGGGGAGGCGAGGUCCUUGGCAGCUCUGUCCAGCUGCCGUGGUCUGCACGGAGUCUUCUCAGACGGGAGGGAUAUGUACCUGAUUGAGCCCCGCAGAGCAGCCGAGCGUUGGCAGGAGCCUCUGCCUCACCUGAUCCAGCGCAUGCCUGCUCCCCGCCCUGCUCAGGGGUGCACAGAGCCAGGUUGCCUGUUUGCAGCCCUGAGACACCAGGGCCCAGACACCCUGCCCAGACUGCGGAGGAGGCGGCAGGUGCGGCGAGCCCAGCACACCGUGCACAGCGAGACCAAGUACAUCGAGCUGGUGGUGGUCAACGACCAUCAUCUGUUCGAACAGAUGCGCCGAUCUGGGAUCCUCACCAGCAACUUUGCCAAGUCCGUGGUGAACCUGGCGGACAUGCUAUACAAGGAGCAGCUGAACACGCGCAUCGUGCUGGUGGCCAUGGAAACGUGGGCCUCUGAGGACAAGAUCCACGUGGGGGAGGAUUCGCUGCAGACGCUGAGCGAGUUCAUGAGAUACCGGACGGAGGCGCUGCCGGAGCAGAGCGAUGCUGUCCACCUCUUCUCCGGAAGGACGUUCCAGAGCAGCCGCAGCGGGAGUGCCUACGUGGGAGGGAUCUGCUCGCUCACCCGGGGCGGGGGUGUCAAUGAGUACGGGAACGUCGGCGCCAUGGCUGUAACUCUGGCUCAGACCCUCGGGCAGAACGUCGGCAUGAUGUGGAACAAGCAGCGGCGCGCCGCAGGGGACUGCCGGUGUCCAGAUUCCUGGCUGGGAUGCAUCAUGGAAGACACGGGGUAUUACCUCCCGCGCAAGUUCUCCCGCUGCAGCAUCGAGGAGUACAGUCAGUUCCUGCAGGAGGGUGGGGGCAGCUGCCUCUUUAACAAACCCUUAAAGCUGCUGGACCCCCCUGAGUGCGGCAAUGGCUUUGUGCAGGCCGGAGAGGAAUGCGACUGCGGCUCGCUUGUGGAGUGUGCAAAGGGCGGCGGCAACUGCUGCAAGAAAUGCACCCUGACGCAUGAUGCCAUGUGCAGCGACGGGCUCUGCUGCAAAGGCUGCAAGUACGAGCGGCGGGGCACACCGUGUCGGGAAGCCGUCAAUGAGUGUGACAUCCCGGAGAGCUGCACAGGGGACUCCAGCCAGUGCCCGCCCAACCUGCACAAGCUGGAUGGCUACUUCUGUGACCACGAGCAGGGCCGGUGCUAUGGGGGCAGGUGCAAAACCAGGGACAGACAGUGCAAUGCACUCUGGGGGCGUGCUGCUGCCGACAGGUUCUGCUACGAGAAGCUGAAUGUGGAAGGGACCGAGAGAGGGAGCUGCGGGCGCAAGGGCCCAGCCUGGGUGCAGUGCAGCAAGCAAGACGUCCUGUGCGGCUACCUGCUGUGCACCAACAUCACGGGCGUGCCGCGGCUGGGCGAGCUCAGCGGGGAGAUCACCACUAUGACCUUCUACCACCAGAACAGAUACGUCGACUGCAGAGGUGGGCAUGUCGAGCUGGUGGAUGGCUCGGAUCUGAGCUACGUGGAGGACGGCACGCCCUGCGGCCCCGGCAUGCUGUGUCUUGACCACAAAUGCCUUCCCGCAGCAGCCUUCAAUUUCAGCGCCUGCCCUAGCAGCUGGGACGGGAUGAUCUGCUUUGAUCAUGGGGUCUGUAGCAACGAGGGCAAGUGCAUCUGCCACGCUGACUGGACGGGGAAGGACUGCAGUGUCUACGACCGCAUCCCGGAGCCCAAGCCCACCGGCGAAACCGAGAGAUACAAGGGUCCCAGCGGCACCAACAUCAUUAUCGGCUCCAUUGCUGGCGCUGUGCUGGUGGCGGCCAUUGUCCUGGGAGGAACUGGCUGGGGAUUUAAGAACAUCCGGAGAGGAAGGUCGGGAGGGGUCUAGCCCCACCACCCCCUCCUGUCGGCUCUCUGCCUGCCCUUCCAAAGGGGAGGGGAGAAGUCACCUAAAAACCAAACCAGCCACCAAAUAAUGAUGCGACGAGGGGGUGAACAAUCAGUGACGUCUUCCGCUGCUGCCCGGCACCUGGCAUGGCCCUGGCUGCACCUGGCGGGGCCGGGAGGGGGCCCGAUGGCACAGACUCUGCGUGGACCCCACAGCCUUGUUUGCAGCUGGCCAAGGGCACUAUCUCCUCGACGGGCCAGCUGCCGCCCAUCCCUGCCUGAAUGUAGCUUCCACUCCCACUGCACUGUACUACCACCAAGGAAUGUACCCGCUCACAGCCCACAGACCACGGCACGCCACCCACCUGCUGCCCGCGGGCGGACACGCUCACGUUCCUGUUGCACGGGGUCUGGGCGGCACAGCUAACAGCGGGCAACGGAGCGCAGGGGACAGGCGAGGAGCCGGCUGGAAUGGAGGCAGAGCCACCUCGUGACCUAGGGGCUGCCUGGGCUCCCAUCAUUCGCGUGGCCUGGCCUCAGCCCUCAGCACAUCUCCAGCGUGACCCAUUGCCGGCACCAGUUGCUGGGGAGCUUGGUGCCCUGCCGUGCCGAUGGGGCUGGGAUUUUGCCAGGGAUAUUUUUUAAUGUAAAGCAACACAAUGAAUGUAGCUGGGGGGCAGCAUGGAGCUGGGUGAUUGCUGGGGGGUGGCAGGGAGAGGGUUUAGACAUUGGUCUCGCAUCGCCCGCUCACCCCACCCAACAGCUGCAAACAAGUGGGGAGGCGAAGGUACGCCUGUGCCUGGCCUCCAGCUCAAACCUGCCCAGCCCCAACUCAGGAGUCUGCUCCCAUGGGAGCCCAGCACCGCCCUCCCACUCCCAGGAAUGGGGACCAAGCCCACAGGCAAACCAAACCCAAACUGCCAUGGAGCGUCCAGGUGGGGCGGUCACGGCGUGAAUGGCACAGUGUCUGUGCUGGUAAGCGCCAAAGCUACUCUCGCACCAACACACAUUGGGCCAAUACCAGCGAGCCCCUCCCCAACCUUGUCUCUCUAACUCCUGGGCCCGAUGCAGCUACACCACUGCCGACAAACUGCCACGGGAAGCUCACGGCACCCGCCACAGCCAGCCCUGCACCGCUGGGUUCUCUGACCAGCAGCUGGCAUGUCCACCACUACACCCCACCCUCUCUCAGGCUCUUAUGCCCAACUGCGAGUCAGGACUCCUGGGUUCUCAGGCACUGACUCACUAUGCAGCCUCAGGCAAAUCACUUCCCCUUCGUGUGCCUCAGUUUCCCCAUCUGACGCAUAGGUGUGAUGCUGCUGAGCUGCCAGGAGGGACUGUGCUGGCUCUGCCUGUCACUGCCAAGGGCCGCCUCUCCUCACCGAGAAGAGGCUGUUUCAUUAGAGUCAUUCCUCUGAGCCCAAGCGCCCCCGGCUUCUGGGCAGGGAGCUGUGAGGCUGGAGGCCCAGCCAGGCUCCCCACCCCACGCACUGCAGGCACAGCUCUUUCCAUGCCAGGGAUGGCCUGUGCGGGCUGGGCCCUGGCACUGCAGGCUGUGGGGCUAGCAGAGAAGCAGGCCUGGGGAGGGACAUCAGCCAGGGAUGCGCUUCUGCUGCUUGGGCAGGGAAUCUGCUUGCUCCCUUUGGGAGAAAAUGCCAGACAGCGAAUUGCCUCCUGAGCAGGUCCAUGGCCAGCCAACACCUUCACAGGGCCCCUAGGGCCUCAGACCCCUUGGAGACAGUUACCCACCCUUUCCAGCUGCUGCACCACUGCUCCGGCAGCAGGAGAACUGGCCCAGCAGGGCCACUGGGCAGCCCUGCAAAGUUCCUCGCCCUCACUGGCCCCGGAACGUGGCUUAUUUGGCUUGGCAAGUGGCUAUGGUGGGGUUUCCAGCCCUGGCCCCAGGGUGUGGCUGGUGGCUUUGGGUAGAGUAACCAGAUAACACCCGAGGAGGGCUGUGACCCUGUCACGGAGUCACCGGGCGAUGCUCUGGAACUGCUCCCCACCAAGCCAGUCAGGACUUUGGGGAGCCUCC